AUGGUACCUUCGCUUACUCCAACUUAUUUGCCUCCUACCAAAAAACUACAGACAACAGUCAAAACACGUCCGCCGGUAACAAAAGCAGCCACAAUAACUGAGACAAUAAAAAAACACACACCGCCAACAACCUAUCGAACAAGAGGUACCGUCCCAACCACAAGUUAUAAAAAUGCGUUACGGGUUCCGACAACUGUUUACGUAACACCUACGCGAGCUCCAACUACAGAAAGAACAAGACUACCAACCACAAUAACAAGAACACCAGCAACAACUCCAAAACGAGUAACUCAACCGACGGCACAAAAAACCAGCACUCCAGCUCCAACUUAUUUACCUCCUACCCCAAGAUCACAGACAACAGCCAAAACGCGUUCAUCUAUAACAAAAGUAACCACUACGCCUUUUAAAGCAGCAACACGACCUUCUACGGAGAUCAGCAAAACAUUCGGUAGCAUCCCAACAACAGCUUUUAUAACAACAAUACAUGUGCCAACGACCACCCGAGCUCCACCCUCUGUAACUGCACGACCUUUACUCACAACAACCCGGAGACCUUUAACAUCAUCUGUGCAAAUAACCCAACCAUCAGUUCAAAGAACCAGCACACCAGCCUCGACAUAUUUACCUCCCGCUUACAAAUUACAGACUUCAACUAUAGCACGCCAAAGUUCCUCUACGCCCAAGUACACAUCGACUACUCGCCGCGCAAUUUCCACUUCUAAACCGACACUUACUAUCGCAGCUACAACAGCAAAGGUCGAAAGGACAACGAAAGCACUAGCUACAACUACCGCUUACAGAACAAUAACUCGUAUUCCUACUACAACUCCAGCUACAUACAGCACACUACGAACUAAUACGACCUCUUUCGGAGGGACGACCCUCUCUCCAAUACCUAGGUACAAAACAACACCACAACCAACUUAUGAAGCGAAAACUAGUACGACUAUUUACAAACUAACAGCUAAAAUUAUACCGACCACUUAUAGGCCAAGAACUCGGACCUUUUCUUCCACUACUCCGAACUUACCUUUGUUUGAAACUACUGAGUUCAGCGGCUACAAAUAUCCGAGACCUAAUAUUCCUUUUAGUAUUUAA